AUGUCCCACCUUCCAACUGAACAACUAGCAGAUCUUACUGUCCAUUCUAACUCGGAAGCUCGUGAAGGUCUGGUUCCGCCUUCUCCAGCGCCAUCGUCUCCACGCACUCGCCGCCACUAUUCCAUCGACACAGAAUUGGUAUUCACUGAAACUACCGACCAAUACCGCUCUUCAUCUACUCCCAUCUACCAAACAGCCACCUUCAAACAGGAAUCGCUCUCUAACAUGGGUGAGUACGAUUAUACUCGCUCAGGUAAUCCGACCCGUACUCACCUUGAACGCCACCUCGCCCGUAUUAUUGGUGGCGCCACCCGUGCUCUCACUGUCACAUCCGGCAUGACGGCUCUCGACGUUAUUACCCGCCUGCUCAAGCCUGGAGAUGAGGUCAUUGCGGGCGACGACCUCUACGGCGGUACUAAUCGUUUGCUCAAAUAUCUCUCUACCUCUGGUGGUAUUGUUGCUCAUCACGUUGAUACUACAAAUGUUGACGCCGUGCGUGCAGUUGUCAAUGAAAAAACAGCAAUGAUUCUCCUUGAAUCUCCCACAAACCCCCUCAUAAAGAUUGCAAAUAUUCCAGCCAUUACCGCUCUUGUACACGAAAAAAACCCAAAUGCACUUGUUGUUGCCGACAAUACCAUGCUUUCACCGAUGCUCAUGGCACCUCUUGAGCUUGGUGCUGAUAUUGUUUACGAGUCCGGCACAAAGUACCUCUCAGGCCACCAUGACAUUAUGGCUGGUGUCAUUGCGGUUAAAAAUAACGCCAUCGGUGACCGCUUGUUUUUUGUUAUCAACGCUUCAGGCUGUGGCCUAGCUCCAUUUGAGGCCUGGCUGCUGGAGCGCGGCAUCAAGACUCUUGGAGUGCGUUUGGAGAAGCAACAACACAACGCUCAGCUUAUCGCUGAGUUUCUUGAGUCAGCAGGCUUCAAGGUCAGAUACCCCGGUCUCAAGUCCCAUCCUCAAUAUGCCCUUCAUUGGGCCCAGGCCUCUGGUGCCGGUGCCGUACUUUCUCUUGAGACCGGAAGUGUCCCGCUUUCGGAGCGCAUCAUUGAAGGAACUCAUAUCUGGGGCAUUUCCGUAUCUUUUGGCUGCGUCAAUUCUCUCAUUUCCAUGCCCUGUAAAAUGUCCCAUGCUUCUAUUGACGCUAAAACAAGAGCAGAGCGUGAUUUCCCAGAAGACCUUAUUCGUCUGUGUGUUGGUAUUGAAAACCCUGAUGAUCUUAUUGAUGACCUCAAAACAGCUCUCAUUAAGGCUGGUGCAGUUAAAAUUAAUAACGAUGGGUCUCUUACACGCCUCAAUCUGUAA